AGAGAUCCAGUUUUUUUUUUUAAAGACAAGUGAAAGUAAAAAGUCUCAGAGUCAGGAUCAGGAUCAGGACCGGAGAAGACGCAGUGUCCCCUGGAAGAGACAAGCAUGGAUUAUCAAAGACUCGGGUCCAACCUCAGCACCGACCUGCGGGUGGUGCUGGUGGGUCAGGAGAGAGUCGGCAAGAGUUCAACCGGAAACACCAUCCUGGGCAGUAAAGUGUUUGAGAACCGCUUCACCACCAGACCUCUGACGAUCCACAGUGAGAAGAGUGAGGCCAAUAUCAUGGGUUGCCGAGUGACGGUGGUGGACACCCCAGGUCUCUUUAGCUCUCAGCUGUCUGAAGAGGACUUGAAGACUGAGCUGGAGAAAGCGCUGACGCUCAGUAGCCCUGGUCCUCACGCCUUCCUCCUCACCAUCCAGCUGGGGAGGUUCACUGAGCAGGAGCAGCAGGGGCUUCAGAGGCUGCAGAAGAUACUGGGUCCUGGUGUCUCCAAACACAUCGUGCUGCUGUUCACCUACGGGGACCGGCUGGAAGACAUGGACAUCUCGGAGUUUGUAAGAGAGGACCAGAACCUGUGUAAGCUGCUCGACAAGUGCAGUGGCCAGUACCAAGUGUUCAACAACAAGGAGGUGGACAACAGGGAUCAGGUCACAGAGCUGCUGAAGAAAGUAGAGGAGGUCUCCCAGAGGGGGUGCUGUUUUUACCAGAAGACGUCUCAUUUUGAUUUGUUUAACAAAUUUGUUGCUGGGUGUGGUGGCACAUAUGACUUCAUAACUACAUGGAUUGAGUGAAACAAAGCUGGAUGAGGAGGAGCCAAGGCCUUACUGGUCUUCUACUGGACUUUAACUGCUUCUACUGGACUUAAUCUGCUUCUACUGGACUUAAUCUGCUUCUACUGGACUUAAACUGCGUCUACUGGACUUAAACGGCUUCUACUGGACUAAAACUGCUUCUACUGGACUUGAACUGCUUCUUCUGGACUUGAACUGCCUCUGCCGCUUGUACUUGUCCAGAUACAUAAAGUCAAAGUUCCUAAUUGAUCAUCGAUUGAGUUAUUGAUCCACAAACUAUAGGUUUUACUGUGUUUGUCUCAUAAACAGCUGAUUACCUAAGGAUCAAUAAAGUCCAUUUUUGUCUUUA